AGAGUUGACAUGCGCGUGGAACCGCGUCCGUGAAACGAACAGGGAGAGUGCGCGUUCCUGAUCAGUAGUAGCACACUUUCAUCGUGGCGAGGAAAGUGAACAAGUCGAGUGACUCGUUUCGUCCACGUUUGAGGAAUCAUCCACGCUAUACACACGGUAUACACGAGCGCGCGCUCUGCCCACGAAAAUCAUUUGCACGAGUGAGAGAAGCUCUCGUAGCAAAAAGAAAAAGAAAGAAGAAAGAAAGAGAGGAGUAAGCAUUAAGAGAAAGGAAGAAACAUCUCGGCGAAUUCCAUUCGAUCCAGGAAAAAUUAUCGUUUUUUACCCGUGUAAUCGGGUGGGGUGCUUGUUAAGAGAACGAAUUGUUCAAGAAAGUCGAAAUAAGAAGGAAUUAAUAAUUGUGCAACGUUUGCUCGUAUAUAGAAAAAUACGAAUAGAAAAAUACGGAUCUGAACGAAGAAAGAAAGAAAAAAUGAUUCAUGAAGUCGCAUGUCCAUUCGGUUUCGCCCUUUCCAAGGGGAGAAUAGAGGAGGCGUGAGGUAGAUGAAUCAUUGAGUCGGCCUCUGACGUGUCGAAUAAAAGAGGGAGGCGAUCGAAGAAUCAAAGCGGGGCAAGGUUGCAAACCAAUUUCCAACAAUUGAGUAAUUAUAUUGAAAGAUGAGUAAAAAUAACGAGAAUGGAAUAUCUCUGGCAACACCUCCAGCUAUUCACGUUGGUCCGAUAGUGAAUCCAGGCACUAAUGAGACCAUUUCUAUCGUGAUACCGUUAGCAACUGUUACCAGUCAAAAAAUUGAAAAUUCAUGCAAAGAUUGCAAUAAAGAUACCAAACAUUCCUCCAACAAUGUCAAUUCUCGGCCAAAAAACGAUAAAACCAAGGGAUGUCCUUAUCCUGGUUGCACCAGAUAUGGUAGAGCUUUCUCUAGAGCACACGAUCUGAAACGCCACAUUGCUCGUCAUGAAAUGAGAAAAGAAAAACUAUGUGAUUAUGAAAAUUAUAAGCAACGACAGAACGAUAAAGAGAGUAUUGAGAGUAUAACAAAUGGAAUAAUUAAUAGGCAACAUAUCGUUUGGAAUAACGAAUCACAUGAAAAAUCUUAUUCUUGUUUACACUGCAAGAGGAAGUACACUAGCGAGAUCAAACUUAAGGCUCAUAUGAGUUCUCAUGAAAAGAUUCCAGGCAAGAAUGUGUGUGCUUUAUGUGGAACAUGUUCCCGAAACGAAGAAGAAUUACAAGAGCACAUGAAACAGCAUACAGCAAACAUACUGGAAUCACAAACAGCAUUAGAGAAUGGUGAAAAGGAACAACCAGACAAAGAAGAUGACUUCCUGCUCGAAGAAAUGUUACUUCUCAAUAAAAAUCCACGAAGAACUAUGCAACAAGAAAAAAAUAAUUCAAAUACAGUAUCUAAGAUAAGAUGUGACUACUGUUCCAAAACUUUCAAGACCAAAUGGACAUUGAGCUCCCACGUGGCGGCUCACGAAGGCCGUUUUCAAUUUGAUUGCGGUCAAUGUGGUAAAAAAUUCGUCAGAAAAAGUCAUUAUGAAGGUCAUAUGAGAUCCCACGAAGCUGCAAGACCCUACGUUUGCGAACAAUGUGGAAAAACAUUUAAAGAAUUAAAACAUAGAAGAGAACAUACUAAAAGGAAACAUCCUACCAAUCAAAACGCAAUCCAAACACUUCUGGAUAGCAUCAGCCCUUGUGGAUCUGAGGAAGUACCAGUGGAUCAAACGAAGUUCACGCUUUUGAUGCCUGUUAAUUUUUCCGUGUAGUCUUGAACAUGAUUUAUCCUGAAAUAGUUAAAAAUGAUUAGAUAAA